GUGCUGCUCUGGGCACACUGCACAGGCGCGGUGUGGGACGCGUUUGUAAGAUGGCGGUUUGAGUGCGCGGCCUGCUCCUCUAUGCGCGAGAUCCCCGCGGUCAUCAUUCAAACACUCGAUACUGUGUGCGUGGCGCGAACGGUUGGCGGGAGACGCCGUGAGCUGAGCUGUGAUGGCCAAGCGGAUUGCAGAAAAAGAGUUGACGGACAGGAACUGGGAUCAGGAAGAUGAAGGAGAGGAGGCAGGAUUAUUUUCAGUUGCGAGUGAAGAUGUGAUGAAAAAUCGUGCCAUCAAGAAAGCCAAGCGUCGUAACGUAGGAGCAGAGGGCGAGAGUGGAGGGGCUUUCAAAGCAUUUAAGGGGUUCUCUCUGACCUCCGCCACAGGGUCAACAUUAUUCUCGGGCUUCGGUAAUGGAGCUGGUUUCAAACCUGUGUCCAACCUGACCAAUGGCAGCGUAGCAUCGGUGGCUCCAUCUUUUGCUGGUUUUAACGUUCCCACGUCUGCUAAAAGUAACAGUGGUCUCUUAACAUUCAACAGCUCCGCCUCCUCCAAGCCCACAGAUGAUGUCACCUCUAAUGGCUCCACCCCCAACAAUAAAGAAUACAGCCGGCAGCUCACCGCACUAAACUGCUCUGUGCGCGACUGGAUCACCAAGCAUGUCAAUGACAACCCCCUGUGCGACCUUAAUCCUAUCUUUCGUGACUACGAGCGACACCUGGCCAGCAUCGAGAAGAAAUAUGGCAGCGCUGCAUCAGAAAGUGGGGUGGAGAGCGUGUCAUUUGGAGGGGAGCAGAAGCAGCCUCUGAUGAGCGGAACAGGAGCUUCAGUUUCCGGCACGGGUGCUACAGUGUCUGUCAGCGGUGCAGCGCCACAGCUCUUCUCUUUCAAAGACAAGGAUGGGGCUGCAGCAGACAAACCAGCAGCCGUAGCUCCUCCAGGCGUCUCCUUUAAUUUCGGCCAGAAGGUGGACAGCUCUGUGCUUGGUGCACUCGCAUCCAGUGGAGCACCGUCUUUCUCGUUUUCUUCCUCUUCCUCCUCCUCUUCAGGCGUAUCUGUGUUUGGAGCAGCAGUCAGUAGUGUCAGUCCUGCGGCGUCGUCCUCUCUGAACACAGCCAGCAACAGUCAGACCGCAGAUGAAAAUGGGGAGGAAUCAGAGGAGCCGCCUGUUCCUGUGGUGAAAGAGAUCAAGGAGAAAGACGCCUUCUACUCCAAAAAGUGUAAGUUGUUUUAUAAGAAGGACGGAGAGUUUAAAGAGAAAGGGGUGGGAACACUGCAUCUGAAGAUGGUGUCUGAGAACAAACUUCAGCUGUUGGUGCGAGCCGACACCAACCUGGGGAACAUCUUGCUGAACAUCAUGGUGCCCUCUUCCAUGCCCUGCUCGCGGACUGGCAAAAACAACGUGAUGGUGGUGUGCGUGCCAAACCCUCCUGUGGACGACAAGAACCCCAGCACGCCCGUCCCAAUGCUGAUCCGCGUGAAAACGGCAGAGGACGCAGACGAGCUGCACCGAACCCUGCAAGAGAAGAAAGCCUAAAGCAGCAUCCGCCCCCCGCUCAUACAUUUACUCUCUCUGUCUGAUCUAGAACUGUUCGUUUACGUCCUGUAAAUCGUCUAGAGUGAUGGAAACCAAUCGGUCGACCUACUGUGAAAUCACUCGUGGUCCUACUGUAAAUGCUGCUCAUAGUAUCAGAGGUGGUCGAGAGAAGGCCACGUUUGUUAUAGCAAUGACACGAGUCUGUAUUCAUCGACAUUCCUCUGAGUUUUAAUUUAGCUGCUAUUUAAGGAACUAUUGGAGAUUUAGAUGGAGCCGAUGGUUUUACGAGGAUCGCCUGUUGAUUCGUUUUUAAUCCUGUGACUCAUGAUCAGUUCUCCAGGCUUGCGGGAGGAAUUGUUUAGGGGUCAGUGUUACAUUGAAGAUCUCGAUUUGCUCCUAAUGUUUUUUUUUUUUGGAGAACAAAAUAGCCACCUGAAGAUUUCCACCGCUCUAAUCAAAAGUAAUUCCUCACAGUUCUUCAUAUGAGGACGUGAGCAGAUAGACCUAGUUAUUUUCUAUACAUGUAUAACCGUACUGUACUCACAGUGGUUUCCUGUGACGGUAUUUAUUUUGGGUUAUGGCACGUGUGGAUGUUGUUUUCUGUAGAUUGAAUGACCCGAUGUAUAUAGGCGGAGGCUGAGAAUGAAUGCUUUAUGGCAAUCUGUCCUGAAGAUGAUCUCCUAAAUUUGGUCUUUUUUUUUUUUUUUCUCUUCCUUUCCCUUGUAAGUGUCCUUUUACUGCCUUACACGAUGAGGUGUGUGUUUUAAGUGUUGAGCAGCACUAGAUCUACCUUCAGUUAAUUCAGUGGUGAAUAAAUCAAAUAAACCCAA